UAGGUAUACUUCGUUAUUUUACAAGAACAUGAUGAAGAUUCUCUGAUUCUCUGAUUCUCUCUCUAUAUAUAUAUAUUAUAUGUAUAUAUAUAUACGCUUGGUGACAGGUGGGAGUGAAAUUUCAUCGCAGAGGAGGGGGGAGGCACACUCUGAGUCAACUCAGCCAUGUUUCAACCUAACAACCAGCCUUAUGCAUUGGCUACUCAACCCCCACCAGCAUCUGUGCAAGGAAAUCCAAAUGGAAUGGAUAUAGUUGUUGUUAAGGAUGACGGGAAUGGAAGUUUUUCUCAUGCUGAAUCCAUCAUCCAAUACUCUAAGAAACUUCAAGAUGAUCUUCAUAUCAUUGGAAUGAAAAUCAAGCAGCAUGAGGACAGCAUAAAGUUUCUGAAAUCCCAGAAAAGCAAAUUUGAUGACUCAAUUCUUGAUCUGCAAGUUACUUUAGGCAAGUACCAUUCCUCUGCAACAAAGAUUGAAAACGAGGACCAUUCCCACCUUCAAAAUGAGGAGGAGAUAUGUGGGCAGAUUCUACAGCAUGAAAGAUCUGCUGCAGGCAUUUUAUGCCUGCUGAAAGCUCGUCAUGGCACUCAGGUCUCUAAUCUUACAAUGACCAAGGAUGUAGUGGGUAUUGUUGCUACACUGGGCAAAGUGGAUGAUGAUAACCUUAGUAGGCUUUUCUCAGAGUACCUGGGAAUGGAGACUAUGUUGGCAAUUGUCUGUAAGACAACUGAAGGUGUCAAAGCUCUAGAAGUAUAUAAUAAUGAAGGCUGCAUCGAUAAAAAUUCUGGUCUUCAUGGGCUCGGUGCUUCUAUUGGGAGGGCUUUGGAAGGACGAUUUGUUGUUAUUUGUCUUGAAAAUUUAAGACCAUAUGCUGGUGAGUUUAUACUUGAUGACCCUCAAAGGAGGCUUGACCUUCUAAAGCCAAGAUUGCCUAAUGGAGAGUGUCCACCUGGCUUCCUUGGAUUUGCUGUAAAUAUGAUAAAUGUGGAUACCACAAACUUAUAUUAUAUUACAGCCAGUGGUCAUGGCCUUCGGGAGACUCUAUUUUAUAGUCUUUUCUCUCGUUUGCAAGUAUAUAAAACCAGGGUGGACAUGCUAAAUGCACUCCCCUGUAUAAGUGAUGGAGCCCUUUCUUUAGAUGGAGGAAUAAUCAAAGCCACUGGUGUCUUCUCUCUUGGAAACCGGCAAGAUGUAAAUGUGAGAUUCCCUAAGUCAUCGGUGGCCUUGAGCCUACCCGAUAGCUAUCUUGGAGCCGAGAGGCAAAUCAAGGAGUUGAAAUGGCAGAAGGAAAAGAUGGCAGAAGAUAUUAAGAGAGAACAGACUUUACUAGACAAUUCAAAGCUCAAAUUCGAUAGAAAGAAGCAAGAGUUUCUUAAGUUCCUCGCUGAAAGUUCAUCAUACGCGUCUCAGCACCAGAUAAAUUCAACACAAAGUAGAAUGACCCCCAGAUGAAUCAGUGUACCUGGAAGAAUAAAUAUAGAAGAAAUGAAAGUUUUUCUAGUAACAAACUGAGUAAGUUUCAGGAUAAGAUCCUCUCUCUCUCCCUUUUGGAAAGUUUGUGAAAGUAGACCAGUUAUGAUGAUGGUGAUAGAUUUAGGGGAGAGUGGAUUUUGUCCAAUGAAGUUAGACUGUGUUUUUUUUUUCUUCCUCAGUUUAGAUUCUAAUGUAGUGGUAGGCUUUUGCUUCUGCUUCACUCCAAUGCAAGGUAGUGAUUGGUGUGGAUAAAUUCUUUUGUAUUAUAACAUUUUCUUUAUCCACCAAAACCACAAUUUCUAUUGAAUACAAA